GUGUAUGAUCUCUAUUCAACCACUUCUUCACUUGCUCGGGCUUCACUGGAAAUACUCCGUGUAAAUAAGCGCCAGACCUGCUUCCCUCUGCGUCAUUUACAUUUCAUUCUGCGUCAUUUACAUUUCAUUCUGCUUCUUGACAACUUUCCGAGUGAGAGAGAGAGAGAGAGAGAGAGAGAGCUGGGAAUGAGACAGGAGAGGCCACUGAUAGGAGAGUUACAUGGAAUGUUCUGUUUGGGCUUGGCCUUACUGUAGCGUUGCCUUGGGCCCUUAGUAUCUCAGGAUGACCACUUUAAUUCGCCGUGGGCGACGUGCAGAAGAGGGUCAGGAACGCAGGGCGGAUUCGGAAGAUUCCAUCAAAGAUAAAGACGAGGAAGAAUCCGCCGACUCCAAGGAUAUUCGCCUGACGCUUAUGGAGGAAGUGUUGCUUCUAGGACUCAAAGACAAAGAGGGCUACACAUCCUUCUGGAACGACUGCAUCUCAUCGGGACUACGUGGAGGAAUCCUCAUCGAGCUGUUCCUGAGGGGCCGGGUGGUGUUGGAGCCGGCGACUAUACGGAAGAAACGGCUGAUAGACAAGAAGGUGCUGCUAAAGUCCGAUAAACUAACGGGAGAUGUUCUAUUGGAUGAGACCAUAAAGCAUAUGAAGGCAACAGAACCAGCAGAAACCGUGCAGAGCUGGAUCGAGUUACUUACAGGUGAGACAUGGAACCCCUUUAAGUUGCAGUACCAGCUGCGUAAUGUCCGGGAACGCAUAGCCAAGAACCUUGUGGAGAAGGGAAUCCUGACCACCGAAAAGCAGAACUUCCUUCUCUUUGACAUGACCACCCACCCUGUGACCAACACCACAGAGAAGCAACGGUUAGUGAAAAAGCUGCAAGAAAGCCUGCUAGAGAGAUGGGUCAACGACCCCCACCGAAUGGACAAACGCACCCUGUCCCUACUAGUGCUAGCACACUCCUCUGAUGUUCUGGAGAAUGCCUUCUCUUCCCUCUCGGAUGAGAAAUAUGACAUGGCCAUGAACCGCUCCAAAGAACUUUUGGAACUAGACCCAGAUACAGAAGGGAUGAAACCCAACGCCUGCGAGAUGAUCUGGGCUGUGCUCUCAGCCUUUAACAAAUCCUAAACCGCAAAGGCAGAAGAAGACCUUGGCUUCACAGGACGGGACGGUGAUGGAUCUGUGAAGGACAGUUUGUUGGGGUGGGAAGAAGAAGACUGAGGUCAAUGACUGCUUUUUAGCAAAAUUUCUGGGAAAUUACAGCCUCUGGCUCUUUGGCCUCCAACUUUCUGGUUUACCUGAGCCUUCGCUACCAAAUCCUUUUUAGAAUUAUCCGUUAGCACAUCUUGAUAAUGUCUAAACUGGGCUACUCAACAGCCGGGACUGUGAGAUGUCUAUGGAGGACACCAUUGUUAAGUGGGAGAUUUAAGGAUCUUAUGGAUCCUUCCUAGGCAGUGUGCAGCUGGUGAGGUGUAGAGAAUCCCCGUCUUGUAGAACCACCCCCAAAUCAUUAUAGCAAUGCUAUCUACCCAUAAUGCGCCUUGGGCACAAAGUUACAUUUCUUAUCUCCCCAAGUCAGAGCUGCAGGUGGAACAAAGUAGCUGCUUAAAGCUUUAUUGCUCAGAGCCGUCCUGUUACCAUUCUAUUGUUUAGGCUUUAGGAAAAAGUGGCGCCGAGAAUCUGAUCACAUACAGUUUUAGUAUGUCGUCUGUUUUUUGUUUUUCUUUUUUUAAUUCAACCUUCUCGUUGUCAGCAGAGAUAAAAACAAAGUCAGUGAUUUCAA